AUGGCGCGAUUUGCUUUCCGCGCGCCCUCGCUCCGAACGCUCUCGUUCCGCGCGCCCUCUUUCCGCGCGCCCUCUUUCCGCGUGCCCGUCCUGUCAAACCCUGCGCUGCUGCUAGCCGUCGCCCUCGUCAUCGUCGCGCCGAUCCACGUCAGCAGCAGCCCGCACAGCCCACACGUGGCGCGAUGCUCGCCGAUCUGGCAGACACGUGGCCGUCCGUGCUCCUGGUUCGAGGGCUGGUACGUGCGUGUAGUGGAUCCCUCUACAGGAGGCAGCUAUGCUGCAAUAAUUGGCUCCAUGCCUAUAGCGAAUCGCUCUAUAGCGAUGCUGCUCAGCUGCCACCCCAAGAGGAAGGGAGGGCGGGAAAGCUGUCAGGUGGGGGAAGGGCGGAGAGUGUUGAGAGAGGAGGGAGAAGGGGAGCAGGAGCAGCAGCAGGGGACAGGAAAGCCAGAGGGGGGGCAGGGUGGAGGGGCAGUUGGGGAAGGGCGGAGAGUGUUGAGAGAGGAGGGUUGGGGGAAGCAGGAACAGGAGCAGGAGCAGGAGCAGGAGCAGGAGCAGGAGCAGGAGCAGGAGCAGGAGCAGGAGCAUGAGCAGGAGCAGGGGACGGGAGAGUCAGAGGGGGGACGGAGUGGAGGGGCAGUUGGGGAAGGGGCAUCAGAGGCGGGAGCAUGCGGGGUAGGAUCAUCUGGGGAAGGGCCUAUCGAGUACGUGAUGGGGCAUGAUGCAGCUGGUGGCACAGAGACAGGGGCAUUUGAAACCGCAGCAGGAUUUGAAACAGCAGCGGGUGGAGGAUCAACAGGUGGAGCAUUCGAGACGGCAGCAUGUGAAGUGACGCUGAUUGAGAAGGUGGAAAUAGCGCGGCCCAGCAUAACAGUGGGCACGCACCCUCCCAAGCCCGUCUCCUCCGACCCGUCGGACUCAGCCCCGCCUGUGUUCGAGUGGCGGGUGGAGGGCCAUGGCUUUCUGAUCUCCCGCGGGUUUAACCACACGGAAGUGGAUAUCAGAGUGGGGGGGUCGAGGCUGCAGGCUAAUCUGACCAACCAGCGCCACUGGAACCCGUCUGAUCCCGGGGCAGGCCCAGAGGGGUGGGCGGCAUCAGUGUCACAGCUGAUUCCUGGAGGAAUGGGCGAGCUGCCGUGCCGCUGGUUUGUCAACAGCCUUGGUUCAACCGCCUCGUACCGCUUCUGGAAUGAGAGUGAGGGGGUGGCGGUGGAGGGGAGGGGGUGGGCGCAUGAGGAGAAGAACUGGGGGGCGUACUUCCCUGCUGGCCACGUGUGGAUGCAGGGCAUGUCAUCUGACAACAGCGUACAGCUUCAUAUCCAGCUGGUGGGAGCUGGUGGAAUUUUCCCCCUUGCUUCUCCUCCUCUCUCUUGCUCUCCGCACCCCUCAUCUCUCCCUCGACUUCCGAUUCAUUCACCCCUCACCUCAAUCCCCUCCGCCCUCUUCUCUUUACUCACCUUGUUCUCCCCAUGCUCUCACCCCUUCCCUUCCCCCCCCUUACUGCUCCCCCCAUUUUUACCAAUUUUUUUCCCACAGCUGGUGGGAGCGGGAGCGUUUUUCCGCUUCGCCUCCCUCCCCUCCCUCCCCUCUCCACUGGUCCUCUCUCUCGGCCUCCGCACCCCCCACCACUCCCUCGACUUUCGAUCCAUCGACCCUCUCACCUCCUUCACUCCCCCCACCAUCGACUCCUGCUCCGGCCACUUCUCCCUCGCCGCCCGGACGCCGACCGCCGCCCUGCGGGUGCGGGUGCAUGCGCCGCCAUCGUCUUUUAGCGGGGCAGUGUGGAUGCCGAGGGCUGAUGGGGAUUGGGAUGCGACUGGGCGGGAAAGCUUCAGUGCUGUUAUGGAGAUUGAGCUGGAAGUGUGGGGGGAUGGUGAGGGAAAGGGGGAGGGAAAGGGGGAGGGGGAGGGGAAGGGUGAUAGGGACGAGAGGGAGAGUUUGGGAGGGGUGGUAGGGGGAGGAUGGUUGGUGGGUGGAGAUGGUUGGCUGGCGAGGUUUGGUAGGUACAUUUGGGGUGGUGUUUCUAAGUGGAUAGGAGUGCGUAGUGGGAACGGUGCUAGUAGGGUGUAUAGGUACACCAUCCACAGUGCAGCCUUGGAGUUUGCUGGCGAUUAUGAAUGCGCACUGACGGCGAAUCUCGAGGCGGACCUGGCGCCUGGCGGAGGGGAGCGCGCAGCGGAUGCGCGGCUGGACAUCCUCGUCUACAACUAUCGCGGCAAAACCAACGUGAAGGUGCAUAUUCACUAUGAGAGCCCCUCUCUCGUGGCGCCCACAGGCCAGUCCAUCCACGUGGGCCAGAUAGGCAGCAGCAGCGAGCCGAUCUGGACCAUUGACGGCGAUUGGACGGUGGAAGAUCCCGGCGAGUGGGACCUAUCAGUGUGGUAUAUGGGCGCAGGGAAGGCCAAGCCUGCAGGAUCAUCAAAAUCGGUUUUUUCUAUGGUGAAGAAGAUUGAUAGAGCGUGGUUUAGGAGGUCUUUCUAUGUGCUGGUGAAAACUGCAGCGUACCCUAAUGGCUUCCUUCCCGUUAUCCUCAUCGCAUCUAUCGUCGUCCGUAGCACUUGCGCCGCCGAUCAUGGAUUCAGAAUUCAGAGCGCCACGUUCAACGGUAGUAACUGGGAGUCAGUGGCGUUUGCUGCGACCAAGACUCGCACAUCUAGGAGGCUCGGCAUCCUCCCGUUCCCCGGCUUUCUCAAGUGCGCGCUGGUGGCAAAUCUGAACGCAGGCAAUGUGCGGUCCAUCCUUGGGGGAGAUCCCGGUGCGGACGGCCUGGCACUCAUUCAAGUGUACAGGUACAACGGACAGACCAACGUGAACAUUCGCCUGCGAGCGCACGCGCUGUCUUCCUCCCCCAUUGCCCAGACCGUAAAAAAGGCCUUUUCAGGCAACAACGGGCUGCCGGUGUGGGUGGUGUCAGGGCAGUGGGCUCGAGACAACAGCAACGACGCAUACACACUGCAAAAGUGGUACUAUGAGGCUAAUAAGAAGUACCCUCCUGGGUCUACUAGUUCCGUGUACUCUAUUGUUCGGGCGAUGGCCGGGGAUCCGAGGCGGUACUAUGCGGUGGUGAGCUCUGUGACCCGGCCGCUAGGGGCGAUCAGGGGGCAGUUCAGGAGGACCCUGCCGUUUUUGCUGUACCCGUGGAAUCCGUGCUAG